AUGCAGUCACAAGCUAUUCCCUACGGAGCAUGGGUUCCGGGCACUCCACCCGGCCACGUGUCGUCAGCACGUGAUCAGCAAGCUGCCGCCGUGGUCAGCAGAUCGGCGGCUAGCGUACGAAAACUAGUGUCAGAGAAUGCCGUUACGGUUGUCGGACGGCGCGGCUGCUGCAUGUGCCACGUCGUCAAGCGGCUGCUGCUGGGCCACGGUGUUAACCCCACGGUUUUCGAGGUCGACGAGGACGACGAGAGCGACGUUGUCGUUGAAUUGCGGAAAUUGAUCGGGGAAGGGCAGGAGGAUUGGCCGCAGUUUCCUGCCGUGUUUGUGGGCGGGAAGUUGUUUGGUGGGUUGGAGAGAGUUAUGGCUUCCCAUAUCUCAGGUGAACUUGUGCCCGUGUUAAAACAAGCCGGAGCUCUGUGGCUUUGA